AUGGCGGACGCCAAGGCGAUGUUCCCCGAGACUCCGACCACGUCCGAUUUCCUCAUCGGCUACGAUGCGCCGAAAGCGCAGAUGGUGAGCUAUCAGCAGCGCAUGCUCUACAAGAGCAAGGCCUCCGAGGCUUUGGCGUUGGCAAAGGAUGCUUUGGUCUCCUUCCGCCGUGCGGGAGAGUCGGCGAAGAAGGUGUCUGCGCUGAAGGUUGUCGUGGAGGCCAGUAUGGCCAUGGAGCGAAGUUUCGACGCCAUGAUGGCCGCUAGCGACGAGCUGGCGAUGAUCAAGAGGACGGGGAACAAGCAAGCCGAGGUGGAUGUGGCAGAGAUGCUGUCAGAGGUGCAGAUCGCCCGAGGCGAUGCCGGCAGCGCAUCGCAGUCUUUGAAUGAUGCCCUGGCUCUAUACCGGGAGUUGGGCAAGAAGGAGGGCGAAGCGAGGAUCCUCAGGACCCUGGCUGGGUUGAAGCUCAAGACGGAGCGCUACAAGGAGUCGCUCAGCACGGCGCAGCAGGGGCUGGGGCUCUUUAAGGAGCUCGGUGACUCCAAGGGCGAGAGCGACUGCCAGAAGAUUAUCAACAGGGCCUACGCGGCGAGCGGGGAAAUGGAGAAGGCGCCCAACCGCAACGACGCCCUGAAGGCCCUGGAGGACCUGGCGAGCGCCGUCGAGAAUCGGGAUAAGGGUCAGUGGAAGACGGCGAUCGUCGAGCU